AUGCCUUCGCUCAACCGCGACGAUUUCCACCAGAAAUCCUUCAAAAUCAAGCCGGACGACGACAAAUUGUUCUCGAAGCUUCUCUUGCGCGAAUCCGCCAAAUCCUCCUUCCGCGUCUACUACGGUGACGCUCCCCGCGCCGUCCCCUUCGUCUGGGAGACCCGCCCGGGCACGCCGAAGCACAAUUCCGCCGGAAAUUACGAAAUUCCGCCGCUGACGCCGCCGCCGUCGUACUACACCGCCGGCGGGAGCAGAUCGUGCGGCGGCGGGUCGAGAUCGAAGCUCCUCAUCCACAGCUUUCUGCGGCGGAUGAAUCCGAAGCGAGCGGCGGCGGUUUCUCACUCCUCCUCCUCCUCUCUCUCCUCGAUCUCGUGGUCGUCGUCGUCGAACUCGUCCUUCUCAGAUCCGCUCUCGACGCCGGCGUAUGUGAGCAGGCGGCGGCGCUUCCACAGCUGGGGAUCGUCGUUCGACGAAAUUGCGGACGAUCGCCGCGGCGACGGAUUCCGAUCGUCGAGGAUGUGCUUCGGGAUCGGCGGCGGCGGCGGUCGAUCGGUGAAGAGAGCGUUGAUGUCGAUCGUCGGGCGUGGAUCCGACGCCUGA